AUGAUUCCCAACUCAUUCCAACAACAACCUCGUCACUAUGGGAAACACCUGUUGUUGGAGAGGUUAAAACUUGACCUUCAUCCCAAAAGAACUUUUUCAAGUAGCAAUGGUCUCCUUCACAAGGGUGGUUUGCAUGAAGGUUCUAGUGCUCUCUCGGUAGCAAGGUCGUCCAAUCUAAAACAAAAGCAGUUAUUUAGAAAAAAUAAUUCAAGUUCUCCAUCAUUGAAUCGAUUGGAAACUCCUUCCUCAUCCGUGUCCACCAUGAGUGCUUUCUAUGAAUCAGAAAGAAUCAUGUUGUCGUCAACAGCUUACAACUUCACACAUUUAGACUCUGAAAGAAAGAUAGUCAUUGAUGCUUCUGGAGCAGAAGGUCAAAAUGAUUGUGGUGCCAACGGGCAAGAUGUGUUGGUGGUGAUCGAAGAAGAAGAGCAAGAAGCAAAGAAGAAUACAUUGCUCGUUAAAGUGUAUAAAUCUCAGCCCAUCUCUAACGUCGUAUUGAAUGCUUCUGUUGUUGAAAGUGUGCAUUCCAUCUCAGAGUAUCAAGAAAAACCCUUUCACAUCCAAAUUCAUGCAAAGGGAGGAAGAGGCGGCAAAGCUCCAAAUCUAAAUCCUAACUCACCCGGUUUAAAAUCCAAAUUCUCUGCCCCAUACCUCUUUGGAGACAUUUCUCCAACGUCAAAUCUUCUCAAUGACCAGUUUAAUUUUUCCUCCACUUCAUUGGCAUCGACUUCCAAUGCCUCCACUUCACUCUCUCAACUGAAUGGUUUUGACGGUGGAGAUGGAGGUAAUAUUACCAUCGUCACUUCGCAAAGGUUGAAACAUGUCUUAUUCAACAUUGAGGUGAAUUGUAACGGUGGAGAAGGAGGAGAGGCUGGAUCCACUCAAUUUACAUUUGAGAGUAAGAGAAGUCUACCGAUGAGAGAUUCGUUCCAAUUUCCAGCUGAAGUUCCGUUGUCCACGUCAGUUACUUCGAACGAAGUCUUGACAUUCUCCCAUUUAAGCUUCUACAAUCCAAACAAGGUUGCUUCAAAGAUUCGUGACUCACGAGACGAGUCAUUCAUCGAACAGGGUACUGGUGGCGUAAAUUCCGUGGUUCGAGGUCUAGAUGGAAGAAAAGGAAGAGACGGCUCUGUGAAAUUUGUGAUUAUCUCCGAUCAAGACAAAGAAGUGAUUGUUGAACAGUCGGUAUCCAUGUUCGCUUUGGAAUUGACAAACUUUAGAAUUCAGAGACGAAUUCCAAAGCGAUCCAAUUCACAGAGCUCAAAUGAGCACAAGGAUCCAUCUGCACUAGGGAACGUACAAGAACAGAAAGUUCGACCACCUACUCCCUUCUCGAACGACCAGCAGCGAAGGCAAAAAGUAUUUGGUAAUCUCAUUAUCGAGGAUGAUGAUGAUGAUGAGUGUAUGGAAUCAAAACAGACGCCACAACUUCCUGGAGAACCUGGAAAAACAACAAAUGGCAAAAGUAAUGAAUCGAAUAUCAAUACUCCAUCUGCUGGCACAAGUCUGGAAGAAGUAUUUGAAACACCAACAGAGUCCAACAACGUUGAGUAUGAUUUGAUCGAUCUUGAUGAAUUUGCAGAGCCUGGAUCAGAACUUGUCAUCUCAGAAAUUGAAGUGAAAAAUCUGGGAGGGUUGUCCACUCCAGAAAAUUGUUUGUUCACAUUCAAAGGAAAUGCACUUUUCGAUCCAUUAGGAUUUGAUAAGAUCUCUCUAACUCCCUUUCUACGUUCAUCUGUAAAACCACGAAAUAGUACUUCAACCAUGAGUGAUGGGAACGAAAGAAGUCAGACCUCCUUCUCGAAUGAGUACGUGAAAAUUCCAUCCCUCAAAUGUGGAGAGACAUUUUCUAUAUUGACUCCUUUCAUUGCUAGAAUUCGAAGGAUAGAUAAAUCGAGUGUGGAUUUGCCUUCAGAACCAAAAAUCACUUCUCUUCAUCAAGAGUGUGUCAUUAGUAGUGAGUUUUCCCACAUUCCCUCUCAGACAUUAUCAUGGCAGUCCUCGAAUUCUCUUGAGAAUGCUUACUCCUUACAACGAGUCAUAGCCAACAUUCCUAUUCAAUAUCCAAUAGCAGUGAGCGAAAUAUCAACUCCAAAAACAUUAUUGAUUGGUGAAUUGAGUUCUCGAUCGAAUUCACAUCAUCAUGGAGGUGACAAUGAGCACACAGGUGGAGCCAUAAUUGAAGUGAAGCUGAGAAAUACGUCAUCAACAAGCAUUCACAAUCAAGUGCAAAUUCGAAUCCAAAUACGAAUGGAUGAAGAAGCAGGAGAGACAGCAACUAAGGAACGCUCGCUCCCAUCUCCCCCACAACGUGAGGAACCUUCGUCUUCCGAUCAGCAACCAGAAAGUAGUGCAUCCACCAUUGUCACUUCACACUCCUCAGAAAAAAGUUACUUUUUUUUGAUUGACAAAGUAUCCACGCUGAGUUUACCUCCCACAAUUCAAGAUAUCUCCAAAAAAGCAACCUCUGGAGGUCAACCAAAUCGUUCAGCUCUCCUCUCAUCUUCAUCCUCUCGAAAUAACGCUCCAAAUCACCGAAGUGGCAAGAAUGAUCGAUCUCUUCUCUUCAACGAUCAAUUAUCAAUGAUUGAGUCAGUAGUCGUGACUUCUUCGACUCAUCUUGAAGAAGAGUCUCAAAUGGUAUCCUCGAAGAGUAGAAUUAGGCAACAGGACGAUUUGUAUUCCAUCUAUCAACAACAGAAGGAGAAGAAUGAGGUGUUCUUUGAAACUUUGGAAGCAUUACCACCUUAUUCAGAAUCUUCAUGGGUCUUCCAAUUGAAACUCUAUGAUUUACACAAGAUCUUGAUGAAGAGAAACAAACAACGAUCUCAGAAUCAACAACAAGCACCACAAUCAUCCUCCUAUGGGCAGUCUUCUUACUUCAGUCUUCCGCCCUUGGAUGAAUUAUUGGGUUUCUGUCAAGGCUCGAUCAUUAUUUCCAUCUAUUACAAGGAUUGUCUUUUAGAGAGACGAGUGAGUAACUUCAAAUGUAUUCCUAAAACGGUGCAACAAGUGAUGGCGAAAGGGUCCUUCCUGUUGAAUACCAAUAGCUCAACAACCCUAUUGGGACGUUCUCAUUCUUCUCGAUAUCCUCAUCACCAAGAAUUUGCUUCUUCAUCCUCUUCUUCCAAAGCUCUUCAUGAACGCUAUGCCAUUCUCCUCACAAGUAGUGAGAAUCUUCAAAACAAGUCCUACGUCUUUUACAAACGUCUUGUCAGAGAGUUGGGCUUGGAAUUGAUUGUGUGGGACUUGGAUUCAAAAUGGCCAGGUGGAGAGGUUUCGCGAACGGAUUCCGUUCAGCACUCCCUCUCGGACUCUCAUCAUCAAAUAUUGACUCUCUUCAAAGAUAACUUAAUUCUCAUAACUCUCUUCAAAGCUCCUCAACACGAUUCCAAGAAUGCUCAAUUCAAUGCUCUCAUAGGACAACUCUUGCAAAAGCAACAAGAAUUUGAGAGGGACUUGCUCGAGGAGUCGAGAGGCUUAUUUUUUGAAGGAGGAAUUCUUUUUGUUUCGAGUUGCACAACCUUGGACAAAGUCAAUACUUUGUCAUCAUUGCAACAACCGUUCACGAGCUCUACACCGAGUGAAUACUUGAGAAAUCAAAUACUGAACAAGUGUCGUCCACCCUUGCAAAUGAUCGAGCCCAAGAGUCUUUCGAUCUUUUAUCCCUUUGAGAAACCGAGCAAGCAACUGUUUCAAGAAAAGGUGGACAAGUAUUUGAGAAAGAAACAGGAAGAGAAUCCUUCGAAUGUCAUUCAAAUUCAUAGAAAGGAAUAUUUUGAUAUUUCCAAAUCGAGAAUGCCUCGAAAGAUUUUGUUAGGAUCAUGUCAAUAUUCCAUUUUACCAGUCAAAGUUUACAAUCGUAUUUUCAGAGUUUCACUUCUUACAAAUCCCUCUUCCACAACAUCGAAUAAGGAAGAUAUUGACUUUACUCCUGACAUUUUGGAAACGUAUCAUAAAUUCUCAGUGAAUAGUAAAACCUUUGCAUUGAUCUUUGGAAUGAUCAUGUCCAUGAACAUUCAAUCUAAAGUGAAUUUGUUGCAUUCCACACGAAGAAUGAACAGCAACACGAACGCCAAAGGUUCAACAGAUUUCAAGGAAUGGAUUUUUUGUGAUCAAGGUGUCAUUGAUGCUUUGACCCUUAAAGAUGUUGCCUUAUUUUCAUUGUGUCACGACUUGACACAAGAGUUGGCUCUUCGUGAUUGCGGUUUUGAAAGGUUUGAAAGACUCAUUCAAGCCAUCUUGAAAUGCUUUUACACAACUUUAAGCUCAACUCAAAUGGAUCGAAGAGGAGGCAACAGCAAUGCAAGAAGCAAGCCCUCCAAGUCAAAUGUCACAACCGAUUCGAGUCACCAUCAAGGAAACUCCAACAACUCGAAUAAGGAAUUGGCUGCAGUUCAAGAGGAAUUCCUACAACACGUAAAACUCAUUUUGGACGUUCUAAAAGGAGAGGUCCAUUCUAGACUCAAAAAAACAGACAAAGUCAUGACUCAACGAAAACGAGAGUUUUUGAAAUAUCAUACUCAAUUGAGAAAACAUCUCAUUGAAAAGUGUCGUUCCAUGGUUGAUUCAGGUCGAAGUAAGGGCUCUUCGAAACGUUUGUAUCGAAUGUUGGGUGGUGAUGCUCUCUACUUGAAAAGAAAACAAUUUGGAACGAUUUGUAAAUAUUUGAAUGGAUUCUUGAGCAAUCCAUGGAACGGAACUGGAAGUGCUCACAACUUGAAAGGUUCUUCUUCGUCCGCUUCCUCCACUGACCAUCUCAAUCCAUGGGUAUUCAUUGCUACUGGUGGUGGGAGUAAUUCGAGAGAAAUUCCCUUGUUGUACAAGUGGAGUUUGGAAAAGGUAUUUUCAGGUGGAAACAACAACAACAACACCUCCAGCAGUCAAGGUCCUCUCACAACUUCCACUUCUUCAAGCAACAACGCAAAGCAAGAACAACCCAAUGAAGAGUGA